AUGGAUGGAACUCUCCUCAAUACCGAGGAUAUUUAUACCGAGGCUUGUACAGCUUUGCUUGCCAGAUUCGGCAAAGGACCUUUGACUUGGGACGUGAAACUCGGGUUGCAAGGACUUCCAGGUCCUGAAGCUUCCAAGGUCCUUAUAGCACAUUACGAGAUACCUCUUACACCCCAAGAGUUUAUGGCACAGGGCUUUGCUAUCCAGGAAACGUUAUGGCAUAAGUCUGAUUUCUUGCCUGGAGCGUUGGAAUUACUCCACGACAUGAAAAAGUCUGGUGUUCCCAUUGCACUUGGAACGUCCUCCAACAAAGUCAAUUUCCAUCGCAAGUCUGGCCAUCUCCAGCAUGGAUUUGACCUCUUUGAGCAUCACAUAGUCACCGGAGAUGAUCUGCGUAUUCCUCCUGGAAGAGGUAAGCCCAACCCAGACAUUUGGCUCGUGUGCUUGGAGAGUAUCAAUGCCUCCAGACGGGAGCAGGGCCUUGAGAUCAUUGAUAUUGAGGAGUGCUUGAUUUUCGAGGAUGGAAUUCCCGGCGUGAUUUCGGGUAUCAAUGCAAGGGCUACUGUAGUGUGGAUUCCACAUCCAGAGGCUUUGGUGGAGUUGAACGGUAAGGAGAAAUCCAUUAUUGGCGAUGGAGGAGAGGUGAUUGCUUCCCUCAAAGAGUUUAAUAAAGAGAAGUAUGGUCUUUAA